UCCCCUAAUACCAGAUAACUGAAGCUACGCGCGCAGGGUGGAGCUUUUACCGCCGCAGUGGAGGAAGUCAGGCCGCCCUAAAUACUUUAAAAUUGACGGCCAUUUUUUUCCAGUUGCGCAAUUGAGGUUGCCUUUUCUUGCCAACUCCAAUUUCAUAAAGUCCAAUCUACAUCUACUUACCAAUUUGCAAAUAGCAAAAUCCCUUUCCGAUUAGGAAUUCAAAAACAGAGCAAAGUCCUUUUCCGAUUAGGAAUUCAAAACCAGAAAGAAAACCUUUUUAUAAAUCAAUCAGACCUCCCCACAAUGCUUGAACUAGAGCUUCGUGUUCGUCGCGGGAAUAAAGGGUUGGGACGGGUCGCCGGAGUUCUGAAUUCAGAGUUUAGCAGAAGGGGUUACGAUUUGGUCCAAUUGGGAAUUAGGGUUCAUCCUGAUUGGAAUUGAAUUGGGGAAAUUCGUCCGUUUCGGGAAAAAAAAAACCCAGACUUUGCGUUGUGAUUGACUUCGAGCGAUGAGUUCUCACAUCCGUUCGAACAUGAUGAGAAGAGGCAAAGCUCCUCCGCCUUCAGCCGCCAGAAAGCGCGGUGGCGAAAGAAAAACUGGUAGACCUGGUGCAGUUGCAGCUGACGAGUCUACGGACAAUGAACCGGUGAUUCGGCCUCCAAAACUGAAGACACUUUCCUUUUUGUUAGAAGGGUUGUUUGAGAAGAGGGGAUCCGACCGAGAGGAGGCAUUGGCAUCAAUAAUUGAGGGAUUAAAGCGUAAACUAGACCAUGAGUUUCUGGAAAACAAUUUUGCUACUUUUCUAUUCAGAAGCUUGAAUUGCCUAAAAAAGGGUUCUAACAGGGAGAAGCAGCUAUCACUUCAUGUCAUUGGGUUGCUGGCCAUAGUCAUUUGUUGCGAGGAUAAGUUGUCCGAAAUAUACAGAGAGUUGCUUCCUGUAUUUUCCAAAGUUCUGAAAUCUGGACCCACAACCUUAAAGAUAUUGGAUUGUUUGGCUAUUGUGGCUUUCUUUGGUGCAACUAACUCGGAGGAGACUGAAAGUGCAAUGCAAAUUAUUUGGAAGUUCAUUAAUCCUGAGUCUGCCUCAGAUGUUGACACCCAAAAGCAUUCGGCAGAGGUCCUAGUUGCUGCAGUAUAUGCUUGGUUGUUUCUUCUUACAAGCAUGGAGGGAUGGAGACUCAGCCACAACUAUUGGAAUGGGGCCAUUUCUUACUUCUCAAACCUAUUAGAGCACGAUAAUAAAUUAGUCCGCGUAGCAGCCAGUGAAGCGCUGGCUUUGAUAUUUGAAACUGGUAGUCUGGAGAAGUUCUGGAGUGAAGCAAAGGAUCCUAGCCUUACAAAAUAUUCACACAUGCAACAAUUACUGAAAGAGAAUGUCUUAAAGAAGUUAAACUGUCUUUAUUCGGACAUAAGAAAUGAGAAUGUUGCAAACAAAGUCCGCAAGGUUGUGAAAUAUUUUGAGAGUUCUCGUCCCUCGGAAUUUUUUUUAACGGUCAAUGGAAAAGAACUAAAGUUAUCAUCAUGGUAUCAAAUUAUUCAGUUACAGUUUUUGAAGAGUUUUUUAGCUGGCGGAUUUGAGAACCACAUGAAGGAAAAUGAGAAACUACAGAAUUUGUUCGAGUUUAAUCCACGCAGAAACAAAAAUUUAGGCCCAGAAUUGUAUGCAUCUACCACUGAUAAGAUUACCGUCUGUUUCUUUGUACCUGAAGAAAGAGAUCCAGAUAAACUGACAAAGGAAGAUCAAAAGAAAGAGAGGGUUUGGAGGAAUGCGCUAUUAGACAAGGCAAGAACACAACUAAUGAGAAAACAUCGGCUAAUGUCACAGGAAAUGAAUAGCUGCUGCUACGAUUGAGAAUGGAAGUGAACGAUGGACGGCCAUCCAAUGGGUGGCAGGAUUUCGGUCACCCUUUACAUUUUGAACAGUGUUUAAGGGAUCUUCAAUUUUAAGUUGUGUUUCAUUGCUUUCUCUCGUAAGUUAAGCUUUCUGUUUUCGUAACCCAAUCGCGUUCGACAUUUUGUAAGUUCUCAUAUCGUAUCUUGAAUGCAUUCCUUUAUGUUCGUUCAAACACCACAGAAUUUGCCAAGGUAACAUUUGAAAGACUUGAUCAUGCCUUGCCCAAUUCUGAAUGGUUUAAUUUGUAUGAAAAUGUUACCUUACAUAACAUGCCAAUAUGUAGCUCGGACAUAGUCGUAUUUUCCUUCAGUGUAACAAUGGCACUUCUUGGAGGAAAUAGUCCUUUAAGUUUGAGGCUAUGUGGCUUCAUCACCCAAGUUUCAAUAAAUUUGUUAAGGACAAUUGGCAAUGUAACUUCAUUGGAAACUCAAAUGAUAUGUUUCGAGUUUUUGCUGAA